CUAAAAUCUUCACAUCAUCAGACUUUCUUCGCGGUUUUUUUUUCCUAACCCAACGUCACCCGGCCGCUUCGAUCUCCUCAAGCCAUUUUUAUCUAGGAGAUUGCCCAAGAUGCCGCCUCCUCCGCAUCAAAAGCCUGAGAACGUUCUCAAGCGUGCUCAGGAGCUCAUCGGUGUCAAUCAGGCUCCUGCCGCCCUCAAUCUUCUUCAUGAUCAUAUUACGUCCAAACGUUCGCGAAAUGUUCCCAUCGUAUCCUUGGAGCCCGUGAUGCUCCUCCUAGUCGAAUUAUCUGUCGAACAGAAGAAGGGAAAACUAGCCAAGGAUGCGCUCUACUCCUACAAAAAUAUCGCCCAGAAUACCAAUAUCAGCACCAUCGAGCUCGUUCUAAAGAAGUUUAUCGAGUUAGCCGCGGAAAAGGUUACAGAGGCACAGAAGAAAGCGGAUGAAUUGCAGUCAAGCAUUGAGGCAACUGCAACCUCUAGUAUCGAUGAUUUAGAGGCCAGCGAGACGCCCGAAUCCAUUCUGUUGGCCACAGUCUCCGGCGAGCAAUCUAGAGAUCGUACCGAGCGUGCGGUCGUCACGCCAUGGCUCAAGUUCCUCUGGGAAGCUUACCGAACUGUCCUCGACAUCCUGCGAAACAAUGCGAGAUUGGAAAUACUCUAUCAGAGCACGGCCAUGCAAGCAUUCGACUUUUGCCUCAAGUAUCAGCGAAAGACAGAGUUCCGACGACUCUGCGAACUCCUACGUAAUCAUGUCCAGACCGCUGCCAAAUAUUCGAGCCAAAUGCACGCUAUCAACCUCAACGACCCAGACACCCUACAGCGGCAUCUAGAAACCCGCUUUCAACAAUUAAAUGUCGCCGUUGAGCUUGAACUUUGGCAAGAAGCAUUCCGAAGUGUCGAGGAUAUCCACACUCUCCUCAAUCUCAGCAAGCGUCCUCCAAAGAACAUUAUGAUGGCCAACUACUACGAGAAACUCACUCGUAUCUUCCUUGUUGGUGAGAACUACUUGUUCCACGCUGCUGCUUGGUCCCGAUAUUAUACUCUUCUUCGACAGUCCGCGGCCCUUGUAGCUACCGGCCAGAGCAAGAAAUCUGAUAACCCAUCCGCCACGGAUGUCGAUCUUCAAAAGGCCGCUUCCUUCGUCCUUCUAUCGGCUCUCUCCAUUCCCGUCAUUAGCACUUCGCGAUCGCGGGGUGCCAUGGUCGAUUUCGAUGAGGCUAAAAAGAACAAGAAUUCUCGUCUUACUCAUCUCUUAGGCAUGUCUACUGCGCCUACUCGUGCUGGUUUGUUCCGCGAUGCACUCUCUAAGUCACUCCUAAAGCGUGCGCGCCCGGAGAUCAAGGAUCUCUACAAUAUUCUCGAAGUUGACUUUCACCCUCUCUCUAUCUGUCAGAAGAUAUCCCCCAUCUUGACCAAGAUCGGCGCCGACUCUGAAAUGGAAAAGUACAUCUUGCCUCUCCAGCAAGUCAUUCUAACUCGACUCUUUCAACAACUGUCCCAAGUGUAUGAGUCUGUUGACUUAGCAUUCGUUGAGAGUCUCGCAAAGUUCCCAGACCCCUUCCAAAUCACUCGUGGAACUAUAGAGAAAUUCAUUAUGAACGGUAAUAAGAAGGGGGAUCUUUCUAUCCGCAUGGAUCAUGCUACUGGAAUCCUCAAUUUCGAUAAGGAUGUGUUCGCGUCCUCGAAGGCCGUCCAUGCCGGAUCGGCGGCUGGUUCUGCCGAAAGCCCGGUUGGAUCUGUGCAACGCCUCCAAAGCACUCCUUCGGAGAUCGUUCGGUCGCAGCUUAGUCGACUUUCGACUACUUUGUACACUACAUGUUUCUAUGUUGAUCCAACUAUCCGACAACGCCAGCUAGAGGCCCAGCAAGCUGCGCUAGCCAGAGCUAAGGCUGGCGCCGAGCAGGAACAACGUGAAACCCUAGCUCGCAAGGAAGUCAUUCAGAAGCGAAAGGAGGAGGCUUCUGAGCUCCAAGCAAAGAGAGAAAAGGAGAAGGCGAGACAGAAGCGUCUACAGGAGCAAGCAUUGGCAGAGGCCGAGGAGCGACGACUCGCUCAAGAGCAAAAAGAUCGCGAGGAGAAGCGUCUCAAAGAUGAGAGAGAUCGUGUUCGAAGAGAAGAGCUCAAGAAGCAGAUUGCUGAUCUCAAGAUUGGACCGAAUGCUCUUGACAUUGAUCUUGAGAACAUCGACGAUCUUGAUAGCAACCGACUUCGUGCCAUGAAGCUUGCCCAACUCGAGCGGGAAAAGAAUGACAUCAACGAGAAGCUCCGCAUUACCGGAAAGCGCAUUGAUCAUCUUGAGCGUGCUUUCAGGAAGGAGGAAGUCAAGAAGCUCGCUGACGACUAUGCUAAGCAACGUGAGCGUGACUUGGCCGCAUACGAGCAAAUGAAAGAAGAGACUCUCCGUGAGUCGAAGGAGAAGCACAAGGAGAGCGUUGAGUUGAAACAUCGCCUAAGCCGUCUCAUGCCGCAGUAUGAGACGUUCAGGAAGUCUCUACAUGACCGUCGUCGCGACGAGUUUGAGAAGCGCCAACGUGACGCGGAGAGGGAGCUUGAGAAGCAAAUCACAACCCGUAAGAAGGAAUACCGUGAACGCAAGUUGCGGGAGAAACGAGAGCGGGAAGAGAAGGAGAGGGCAUUACGAGAGGCAGAGGAACGUGCUGAGAGAGAGAAGAAGGAGCAGGAUCAGCGUGCCGAAGAGAAGCGCCUGGAGUCGGCCAGGCAGAAGGAGAUGCGAGAAAAGGAGCGCCAAGAAACUCUGGAGAAGGUUGCCCUCCAGCAGAGACGAGAAGAAGAGGCGAUGGCCAGAAAGAAAGAAAAGGAGCGCGCACCAAUCAAACGCGAAGCGGCCCCCGUGGACCGUACGGACUCGCCCUCCAACGACCGGCCUUCUGGAGCACCGCGUCUUCAACUUGCCGGUGCCAAACCGUCUUGGCGUGAUCGCGAGGCAUCGAAGUCCUCCGCUCCUCCUGCCGCGAGCAGCAACGGGCCACCAAGCCGCUCCAGCACACCCAUGGAGCGCACGGAUUCCAACGAGCGCUCCUCAGGGCCGCCACGUCUCCAACUUGUCGGAGCCAAGUCCUCCUGGCGUGACCGUGAGGCUGCCAAGGUGGCCCAAGGUCCUUCUGGUGGUGGAAGUGGUUCCAGGGACGCUAAGGACUCUCGGGAUACCAGAGACUCCCGUGAUGCCAGAGACUCUAGGGACACUAGAGACUCUCGAGACACUAGAGACACGAGGGGCCCCCGAGAUUCUCGGGACAGGGAUAAUGCAUCGGCACAGGCUCCCGCUGAGCCUCUGAAGCCCUCCGGUGCUCCUGGAAAGUGGGUACCUCGACAUCUCCGAGAGAGUAAAAGCUAGAGGCAUUGAAGGACCGGCGUUUAGGGGGUUUCGGGUUUAGUACGUGACUCGUGUGUAACUUAGUGAAGCACAGGAAGUAAAAUGCUGUUAAUUUGCCACUACAGCCAGAGUCACAAAGCUGAGUCUUUAGUUACUAAAAUUCUACUUGUCUAUGCUUUCAAC